GUCCCUUGUACAGACCUGAAGGCACAGCUGACAGCGGAAGAGAACAUGAGGAAUACCGAGCUUGGCGACGCAUCAAAGGCGGAAAGUCUCUAUGAUUUUUCUGCAUACAAUAUCGAGGGGAAGCUCGUGAGUUUGGCCAAAUAUCGCGAAAAAGUUGUGGUGAUCGUGAAUGUGGCCACAAAGUGCAUUCACGCUGAGAGACACUUCAAAGAGUUCACGGAUCUCGUGAAGAAGUACAAAAUGAAGGGGCUGUGCAUCCUCGCCUUUCCCUGUGAUCAGUUCGGGACCCAGCAGGACAUGGUGGAGGAGAUGAAGGAGCUGGUGAAGGACGAUCGUCCUUUCGAUUUCUUUGCGCCGAUCGACGUGAACGGCAGCUCAGCUCAUCCGCUGUGGCAAUGGCUGAAGAAGAAGACGCCUACCGUCGGGGUGAACUUCAUCAAGUGGAACUUCACAAAGUUCAUCGUGGACAAGAAUGGUCAUCCCGCAGAAAGGCUCCCACCGAACACCAAUCCGUCAGAAAUGGAGACAAAUCUGCUGAGAGUCUUUAAGAACUAAUAGAAGUAAUCGCACGGUGAGAGCUUCGGGGAAUUGUAAGGAUUUUAUCCAAGAAUAAACACUGUCAUUAUAGAGAAGCAGAAGCUAAAGAUAACAC